CGGAGGGGGGACGUUGUGGCAGCAUGGAGGGCUUUAUUUUCGCUUUGCUCCUGUUCUUCCCGCUGUGCAGCUCGGGCGGGGACGCGAGCGGUGGUUUUGUUUUGGAGCCCUAUGACUUUCUGUUCGACACGGCGGUGGAAGCCUACUCUCAGGGAGACUGGCUGUCUGUGAUCCUGAACAUGGAGAAGGCGCUCCGCAACAGAGCCACCGUGCGCGGCGUCCAGGCGCACUGUCGCGUCGGUUGCGCCAACCACACGGCCUUCUCCGAGCCCCUGGCCGGCUUGGGUGUCCCCAUACCGGGGACGGGCUCCGUGGAGGACCUGGGCUUCUUCCAGAAGAUCCUGAAACGGGCGGAGUGCGUGAAGUCCUGCGAGUCGGAGAAACUGGGUUCACCGACUCUGCAUCAAGUCAGCGAAGAGGUGGAGCUGGAGUUCAAGAAGAGGUCCCCCUAUAAUUACUUACAAGUGGCUUAUUUUAAGAUCAAUAAACUGGACAAGGCGGUUGCAGCGGCCAACACAUUUUUCCUGGCCAACCCCGAUCAUAUGGAGAUGAGACAGAACCUGGAUUACUACAGAAUGAUGGCUGGAGUACAGAAGGAGUACUUCAAAGAUUUAGAAGCCAGGCCACAUAUGGCUGAGUUCAUGCUGGGGAAGAGUUAUUACAGCGACAACUCAUUUGGUCUGGCUGCUGAGCACUUUGAAGCAGCCGUCGCUGAGUACUUCACGGCGGAUAAGGAGUGCCGAGUGCUGUGCGAGGGUUCCUACAACUAUGACGGAUACAACUACAUGGAGUACAGUGCAGAUCUCUUCCAGACUAUAACAGACCAUUACAUGCAGGUGUUGAACUGCAGGCAGCACUGCUCUCUUGAGCUGGCCUCCACUGCCGGCACAGAAAAGCCCUUUGAGGACUUCCUGCCUUCACACUUCAACUAUCUCCAGUUCUCCUACUACAACAGUGAGAAGUUUGAGCAGGCCAUAGAAUGUGCCAAGACAUUCUUGUUAUUCCACCCUGAUGAUGAAGUUAUGAAGCAGAAUCUGGCUUAUUAUUCUGCUAUGCUGGGGGAGGAGAAGGCAAACACACUGUCAGCCCGACAGCUGGUGAAAGAGUACAUCAGCCGGUCCAUACUGGAGAAAGAGCUGCUCUACUUUGGAUAUGAAGCCUUUGGAAUCACCUUUGUUGAUCCAGACACAUGGACUCCUGAAAAUGUCAUGCCUCAGAAACUGAGAGAGAAGCAGAAAGCAGACAGGGAGACAGCAGCAAGGAUCACAGAGGAAAUAGGAAACCUCAUGAAGGAGAUUGAAACCCUGGUUGAGGAAAAGAAAAAGGAUUCUUCAGACAUGGCCAAGUUCAUAGCGCCUCAAGAGGACAGCACUUUGUUGUAUGACAACGUCAAGGUGACCAUGACAUCCAAGCAGCUUAACGGGUCUCAGCGGGUGCUGCUGGAUGGGGUGAUCAGCGAAAGUGAGUGCCAGGAGCUGCACCAACUUUCCAAUGCAGCAGCUCGGACAGGUGAUGGAUACAGGGGUCGUCCUUCACCCCACUCACCCAGUGAGAUCUUCCAAGGAGUCACGGUGCUAAAGACGGUUAAGCUGGGACAGGAGGGGAAGGUCCCGCUAAAGGUGCUCGUCUUUUUCUUCGACCUGAGCGAGAAAGGUGAGGAGAUCUUGGAGGCCUACUUCAGUCUUCAACAGCCACUCUACUUCGCCUACACCCACCUGGUCUGUCGUUCUGCCAUUGAUGACAAACAAGAGGACCGUGAUGACCUGAGUCACCCGGUUCAUGUGGACAACUGUCUACUGAUCUCUGAGCUCAACGAGUGUAUCAAGGAACAUCCUGCAUACACACACAGAGACUACAGUGCUGUACUUUACCUAAAUGAUAACUUUGAAGGAGGAGAUUUUAUUUUCACUGAGCUGGAUGCCAAAACGAUCACGGCGGAAGUGCGUCCUCAGUGUGGCCGUGUCAUCGGCUUUGAAGCAGGGAAGGAGAACCCGCACGGGGUCAGAGCCGUCACCAAAGGCCAGAGGUGUGCUGUAGCGCUGUGGUUCACUCUGGACCCGGCUCAUGAGGAAAAGGUAUGA